GGCCCCCGUACUACACAACGUACUGCACAAGGUACUGCACAACGAGGAUGAAGAAGUGCUUUUCUGUUUGGGGCCCAAGCCCAUGACUCACCAGUUGUCCAGCCCUGAUUUCCAUGGUGAGGAGAAGACCGAGCAGGUGACCAGCAUUGGCCAAAUCAAACCGGAACUCUACAGACUGCGUGGGGGCGACCAGGGGGAAGGGAAAACGGGGGACAAUUGCGGCAAGAUCAGCUUCCUCCUGCGCUACGCCUUCAAUACAGAGCAGCUAGUGGUAAAGAUCCUGAAGGCUGUAGACCUGGCUGCCAAGGACGCCAACGGCUUCUCAGACCCCUACGUCAAGAUCUACCUACUGCCAGACAGGAAGAAGAAGUUCCAGACCAAGGUCCACAGAAAGACCCUAAACCCUAUCUUCAACGAGACGUUCCAGUUCGGUGUCCCCCUGGCAGAGCUGCACUCCCGGAAGCUACACUUCUCUGUCUACGACUUUGACCGCUUCUCCAGACACGACCUGAUUGGCCAAGUGGUUGUGGACAACCUUCUGGACUUCAGCGAGGGCACAGGGGAAAAGCCUGUCUGGAGGGACAUCGUGGAGGGCACUGCGGUGAGAGAGAGAGCCCAUGCCUGACACCAUAAUGCCACC